AUGCCUUUCUUCAAUGGAGGGGAGAAUCUACUCCAGAUGAAUCAGGGGGAGUUUGACUUCAGCAUACAGUUUGAGCAGUUGUUCUUCUCCAUUAUACCCUCUGCUUUGUUCAUCAUGAUAGCAUGUUGGCGAAUGGUUUCUCAGGCUCGGAAGCCUAUGGUUGUGAAUGCGCCGGGGUUUCAACUUGUCAAAGUGGGUGCUAUUGUGACAUAUGCCGCUCUGGAACUCUCACUUCUGAUUUUGGCUGCGGUUGCAUCUUUGCAUGUAUCCAGCAUGUUUGUAGCGGCGUCGGCUCUCAAGUUGGUAGCAGGCUUGUGCAUGAUACCCUUAAGUAUCAUUGAUCAUAGCAGAAGUCCGAGGCCGUCGGUAGUGCUGAAUAGUUACUUAUUCUUUACUCUUCUGUUGGAUGCGGCUCAAGCAAGAACACUAUUCCUGUCAUCGGACAACACGUCCGGGCUUGUUUACAGCAGUAUUUUCAUAACCGCUCUGGCUCUCAAAUGUGUAAUCCUGCUCUUGGAAUCACGGCAAAAGUCCAAGUGGGUAAGCUGGAAUGAGAAAGAGCAUAGUCCGGAAGAGACGAGUGGUAUAUUCUCGCUCGGUGUCUUCUUCUGGCUCAAUAAGAUGUUCUUGAUGGGAUAUAACAAGGUUUUAGCUAUUGAAGAUCUUUAUCCCUUAGAUAGCUCUUUUGAUGCGAAAUCACUGCACGAUGGGUUCUCUAAAAAUAUGGAUUAUUCCAAACUGAAAGGCGAUAAAUUUGGUCUUUUAAAGGUGCUCAUGCGCACGUUGAAAGUCCCUCUUCUGCUUCCUAUACCGUUACGCCUAGCACUUAUUGCUUUCACGUUUUGUCAACCUCUUUUUAUCGAAAGGCUGCUGGAUACUUUGGCCCAGCCUGAAAUUGAUGCGAACGUUGGGUAUGGAUUCAUUGGCGCCAGCGUAUUCAUCUACUCUGGAAUUGCUAUCUCAAGGGCCUUCUAUUGGUACCUUCACCAUCGAACGCGGACUAUGGCAAGAUCAAUACUGGCCACAGAAACUUAUAUUAAUGUUACAAAAGCUCGUAUUGGAGCUGGUGAUGAUAGCGCUGCCCUCACUUUGAUGAGCACUGAUAUAGAGCGAAUCAAGAUGGGUAUGAGAAAUCUGCACGAAGUUUGGGCCAGUAUUAUCCAGGCCGCAAUUGCAGGGUGGAUGUUAUACACUCGACUUGGUCUUGUGUUCAUUGCGCCAAUGGGACUUGUUAUAGUUUGCUUUCUCGGCUUGGCAAUCCUAAUGAAUUUUGCUGGAGAUUCGCAGAGGACUUGGAUGUCGGGGGUCCAGAAGCGUGUAGGUUUAACGGCUACAGUCAUCGCCAGCAUGAAGAACUUGAAGAUAUCGGGACUCUCUGCCACCGUCAGUGACUUUGUACAGAAACUUCGAGUUGAGGAACUUGCGGCCGGAGCACGAUUUCGCAAAAUAUUCAUCAUUGCGGCGCUGUUUGGCUUUAUUCCGUUGCUGAUUGGUCCACCGCUAACCUUCGCAUUUACUUCGAAAACACUGGAUGCUUCGAAGGUCUUUACGAGUCUUUCUUUUCUAACGCUUCUCACUGUUCCGCUAUCUCAAAUAUUCCAGUCUACUCCGGAGCUUAUCUCUGGGCUAGCCUGUCUCGGGCGUAUUCAGGCCUUUUUGGAGUGCGAGAAUCGUCAUGAUUUCCGCAAAGUACUGGCUGAUAGAAAGCUAGACGCAGAGAAGACUAGAACUGAUAUCGUAGCCUCUCUGGACUCGGAACUAGACUUUGCGCCUCCUAUUGUCAUCCAAAAUGGAAAGUUUGGCUGGGAAGAAGAUACUUUCGUUUUACGAGACAUGAAUUUUAAAGUACCAAAAUCCUCGCUCACUGUUGUUGUUGGACCUAUUGGGUCUGGAAAAUCCACACUCUGCAAGGCACUACUUGGAGAAAUUCCUUUCAGCGAAGGUAAUGUGUCUUUGAGCACUAGAUUUCCCCACGUCGGAUUCUGCGAACAAGCAGCUUUUCUCUAUAACGGGACGGUUAGGGACAAUAUCAUAGGAUUUUCUCCUUUUAAUAGUGAGAGAUACGCUGAAGUAAUCAAUGCUGCCUCGCUAGCCUUUGAUCUAGCAACACUCCCACUCGGAGAUCAAACAAAUAUUGGAUCCGAUGGAAUCAUUUUGUCAGGAGGUCAGAAGCAACGUGUUUCUCUUGCACGAGCCCUAUAUCUGCAGUCUGACCUACUGGUACUAGACGAUGUAUUCAGUGGUCUAGAUGCGGAUACAGAAGAGAAGGUAUUCCAGCAGGUCUUUGGUGUUAAUGGACUACUACGAAAACGUCGCUGUACGGUCGUGCUUUGCACUCAUAGCAUUAGACAUUUACCAGCAGCAGACUACAUUAUCACACUGGGAGAAGGCACCAUUGUUGAGCAAGGUAGUUUCAACGAGUUGAUGAGAAAACAAGGUUAUGUUCAGCGUCUAGGAUUGAAAGAUCCUUCUGAUAGCGAGAUUUCGUCGGAGGAUAUAACGCCGAAGGAAAGUGCCCGUCGAUCGGAGCCACAUGUGCUAGAGGCGACGAAGACAGCUGAAACUUUGUCGCUUGCACCGGAAGCAGAUAAAUCUCGUCAAAUGGGUGAUGGGACGGUAUACAAGCACUACUUUUUGAGCAUGGGCUGGUUUUCAGCAGUUUGCAGUUUGUUCUUUGCUGCCCUUUGGGGCUUCUUCACUAAUUUUCCUACAAUUUGGCUCGAUUAUUGGACUGACGACACUUUCUCUAAACCUCACGCUUACUACGCUGGAAUAUAUGCUUUGCUUCAAAUCAGCGGUCUCAUCUCAUUACUUCUUCUUGGCAUCACACUAUUCAUUGUUUCUGUUAAAAAAGCAGGUGCUAAACUCCAUCACGAUGCUUUGCGAACACUUAUCCGAGCACCACUGCGGUUUUUUACCAAGACGGAUACCGGGGUUGUAACGAACCUCUUUUCUCAAGAUCUCAAUCUUAUAGAUACGGAGUUGCCAGAUGCAACGCUGAACACUUUGUUUUGUGUGUUUCAAGCAGUCGGACAGAUGGCCGUUAUGCUUACUUCGUCUGUGUACUUGGCUAUAAGCUACCCGCUUCUUGGCGCUUUACUUUAUGUCGUGCAGCGAUUUUACCUGCGAACGUCUCGGCAGCUCAGAUUGCUGGAUCUUGAGGCAAAAAGUCCUUUGUACACGCAUUUCCUUGAUACUCUUAGGGGUAUUGCAACACUGAGAGCUUUUGGUUUUGUUUCCGCUGAUGUUCAAAAGAAUGCUCGUCUGAUCAACGCUAGUCAACGACCCGCCUAUUUCCUGCUCAUGAUUCAAGAAUGGCUCAACCUCGUUCUUGAUCUCGUAGUCAUGGCAAUGGCAGUAGUUGUGACAACACUUGCCGUUCGACUUCACUCCGAUUCUGGUUUUGCCGGUGCUUCUUUGUAUACACUUAUUAGUUUCGGAGAGAAUCUUUCGGGGAUUGUCACUUAUUAUACUAAGCUGGAAACUUCCAUUGGAGCAAUCGCUCGACUGAAGAUGUUUAAUGAGAAUGUUAAGCCAGAGGAUAAGGAUGAAGAGAAUAUUGUUCCCCACGAACAAUGGCCUCAUAGUGGUGUGGUUGAAUUGAAGGGUAUAUCUGCAGGUUACGAUGUGGAAGAUACAACCGAUAGCACACCUAGCUUAGCCCUUCGUGACAUCAAUCUCACCAUCGCAUCCGGCGAGAAAAUUGCGAUUUGUGGUCGUACCGGCAGCGGAAAAUCCAGUCUGAUUGCGCUCCUCCUCAAACUCCUCGAUCCCACUGAAGAAACUGCCGCAAACGCAAUCAUCGACAACAUACCACUUCGCUGCAUCAACCGAGACUCUCUCCGUCAGCGCAUCAUUGCCGUUCCCCAAGAAGCAGUCUUCCUCCCCGACGGCACCACAUUCCAAACCAAUCUCGAUCCCUCCCACAUCUCCACCCCCACGGAAUGUCGCGCCGUGCUCGAAACCGUAGAUCUCUGGUCCUUUAUCCAAGAACGCGGUGGUUUGUAUGCGGGUAUGAAUGCGUCGACUCUUAGCGCGGGACAGCGGCAACUUUUUUCGCUUGGACGCGCGCUUCUGCGGAGGAGGAUUCGUGCAAGGAAUUUGGGGAUUGGAGGAGGGGGAUGUGAUAAGGGGAUUUUGUUACUAGAUGAGGUGAGCUCGAGUGUGGAUCUGCAGACGGAGAGGGUCAUGGCGGGGGUUAUUAGAGAGGAGUUUGAGGGGUAUACGGUGGUGGCGGUUAGUCAUCGGUUGGAGAUGGUGAUGGAUUAUGGAGGGUGGUUGUGA